UUCGAUCUCUUUCUUUUUCUCUUCCUCCUUUCGCUUUUAUCCCUUCCAUUUCCUCAUUCUUCCUAGAUCUGGGCUAGAUUUGGAUUUGUACAAACCCAAAUUUAUGGAUUUUGAAACCAAGAAUUCUGGGUUCUUACAAAUCUACUCUUGAAAUCCUCCCUUCUACCUUCUCCGAUCAUCUAUCCCCUUCUUUUUUCCCCUCUCCUCUCCUCUACAUGCUCUUUCAUCAAACCCAGCAUAUUUGGGUUCACGUGAAACCUAGCUAGAUGAAUUAGAUUUGAAUGAACUCAGAUUUGAGUUUGCGUGUGUCUAAAUGAAUUGGGUUCAGACAAACCCAAAUCUGGGUUGGAAUUAGCUUGGGCAGCCCAGAAAGAUUACAAAAAAGGAAGUUGAAACUUGGCUAGAGGAUGCGCGCCAAGAAAUUUCUGAAAAGGUGAUUGAUGAUAUGAUCUGCAAAGGGGGUUGUUUCACAUAUAUUUGCUCAUCAAGAAAGCUCGAUAAAGAGACUCAAGCACUGGAAGUGGGGAUACUUAAGCGAGGGGAAAAAUACACUAAUACUGGUGCGAUUUUGGUCAUGGAUGAUCAUUCAAUCCAGUCUCGUGUGAGUGUAUUUGAAGAUAAGCAAAAAGAGGUGAAGCAGGUAAAGGAAAAAAUUGAGGUAGAUUUGCAGACUCAACUUAGGCAACCUGGAAAGAUUGCCUGGAACAAAGUCGAAGACUGGCUGAAGAAAGCAAGCCAACAAGUUACCAUGAAGGUUGAAGGUUUGAUCAGCCAAGGGGAGUGUUCCUCAUCAACCAACGUCGAAGAAAAGAUUGAAGAAUUGAAGCAAGAGUGUUCCUCAUCAACCAACAUCGAAGAAAAGACUGAAGAAUUGAAGCAAACACUUGAGGAAGGAAAAGAAUUCACUAAUGUUGGUGUGAGUUUGGUUAUAGAUGAUCACUCAAAAAAAGGAGUUACAAUGCUUGCUGAAAAAUGCAUUGCACGGGAUGAUGUACAAGAAGAAAUUUUGCAACUAUUGAGGGGAGACAAGGUUACAAGAAUUGCAGUUUGUGGAAUGGGUGGCGUGGGCAAGACAACUAUCAUGCAGCAAUUUGAUAUUCUCAAGUUUCAGAAGAGCAUUGCAAGAAAAUUGCAAUUAGAUUUGAAGAAUGCAGAUCAAGAUGAAAUAGAGCUUGCAGGAUUGAUAGCAGAUAGAUUGCAACAAGGUAGUCAUGUCUUAAUUCUAGAUGAUGUGUGGGAGCCUUUCUCUCUAGAACAUGUUGGAAUCCCUGAUCUAGUUGGAAAUAAUGGUUGCAAGUUAGUGCUAACGACACGGUUACAACAAGAGGUUGGUCGUGCAAUGGAGUGUGAGGUGAUCCCUGUGAUGCCUCUUCCAGAUGAUGAAGCAUUAGCAUUAUUCUUGGACAAAGUUGGAAGUGAGGUGGUGUCCUAUCCCAGAUACAAAAGUGAUAUAGAACCUUUUUUGAAUCAGAUUUUGAAGAAAUAUGAAGAAUUGAGCAAAUCUAAAGAAAUUGUUGAUCGUUUGAAAUUUAGUUAUGAUCACUUAGAAGAACAAUACAAGAAGUGUUUUUUAUACUGUGCAUUGUAUCCUGAGGAUCAUUAUAUCCAACAAGAGGAGUUGAUUGAGUUUUGGAUUGAUGAGGGAUUUAUAACAGAUGAAAAGGGGUCUCGGCACUUAAUGACUUGUGAGGGCCAUUCUAUUAUUCAGAAAUUGAUAGACAAUUGCAUGUUGGAAUCAGUUAAAGAAGUUGAUGAAGAAUAUAUGGAGGUGAGACUGCAUGAAAUGAUUAAAGUCAAAAACAAAGACGAUUGGGUGAGUAUGCAUGAUCUUCUCCGAGAAAUGGUAUUGAAUAUUAUUCAUCCUCAAUUCAUGGUGAAAGCUGGCAUGGCCUUGGAAGAGCUACCAGAAGAGGUUGAAGGGAGAAAAAAUCUUUUGAAGGUUUCUCUAAUGGAGAAUCAAAUAAGAGAAUUUCCUUCAAGUAUGCUGUCUCCCAAGUGUCCAAUGCUCACAACCUUGUUGUUGUCCAAAAACAAUAUUACAACAAUUCCCGAAGCCUUUUUUUAUCAUAUGCCUGGGUUGAAGAUCCUUGAUCUUUCUGGCAAUCACAACCUACUUAGGCUGCCGAGUUCUGUUUUUAAAUUAGAGAGUCUUACUACACUAUUAUUGGAGAAUUGUGAGUCCUUAGAAGAGGUACCAUUUUUAUCCAACCUUGGAGGCUUAAAAAAGUUAAACCUUUAUGGGACAUCAAUUAAAGAACUACCCCAAGGCCUCAACAUGUUAACCAAACUAAAAUAUCUUUGGCUUGGUGGAAUGUUAUCUGAUAUACCUAACGGAUUGUUGCGAAAUCUCUCCAAACUUCAGUAUUUAGGAGUAGAUUUGAGGAUACCAUUGAAGUGGGAGGAGAUUGGAAGAUUAAGCAAGUUGGAAUCUCUUGAUGGCCGGUUGUCUACGCUAGAUGAUAUGACCCUCUUUGCUAAGUCUGAAAGAAAGUUUUUAAAUCAAUACACAAUUUCUGUUGGAAGCUACAGUCCACGUGAUUCUUGCCUUUAUAACAAAACCUUUUCAAAUGUUAUGAAAUCAAUUGUAUGCUGUCAUAUUGAUAUAUGUGAGGAGCCUAACUGGUUACCAUCUGAUGCACAAGACUUCUACAUCUUGGACUGCAAGGAUGUGAGAAGCUUGGACGACAUUUCUGGCUUUCAACAAGCAACCGACUUGCGGCACUGCACCGUUGAUCGAUUGGUUGGGGCAGUAGAAGCAGUUGCCAAGUCAGCACCGUUGCCAGCUGGCACUUUUUCUUCUCUUCAAAAAAUUCAAGUUUGGGGAUGUGAAGAAAUAAAGAAGUUAUUGCCGCUUAGGUUGUUGCAGUAUCUCCAGAAUUUACAGACCAUUGAGGUUAUACAUUGUCAUCAAAUGGAGGAGAUAAUAUGGUCCGAAUAUGAAGAAGAAGGAGAAAAAGCCCUAGAAAAACUCACUCUACCAAAGUUAGAAAGGUUGGUAUUGAAGGCUUUGCCCGCAUUGAAUAGCAUCUACAGUGGCUCUACUACUGUCUUGAUCUAUAAUCUGAAAUCUCUGUUUGAUGAAGAAGUUCUUGGUUUAUCGACCCCUCCCACCAACUUUUUCACUCUUAAAACAAUUAAUGUGUCGGCAUGCUUUAAAUUAAAGAAAGUAUUCUCAUCUGAAUUGCUGCUUGGCUACUUCCAAUCUCUAGAGACUAUUGAAGUUUAUCUCUGUGGCCAAAUGGAGGAGCUGAUAUCAUCAUCAACCUAUGAAGAAAAAGAAGCCCUAGAAAAAAUCACUUUACCCAAGCUCCAAAGGUUAGAAUUAUCUCGAUUGCCCGAAUUGAAGAGCAUCUGUAGCAGUUCAAGUGUGUUGAUUUGUGAUUCCAUGAACGCUCUGCUGAUUCGCAACUGUAAAAAGCUAAAGAAGAUUCCUCUGCAUCUUUCCUCACUUGACAAUGGCCAGCCUCCUUCCCUCAAACAAAUUGGCAACACUGACAUUGAAGAAGAAGAAGAAAAAGAAGAAAUGUAUGAUGACGACAACAAUGAUGAUGAUGAAGAAGAAGAAUCUCUUAGGAUGGGCUAAGAAGCAAAAGAGUGUAGGCUCUUUUGUGAUUGGGCGGUGCAAAUGUAAGCCUUUUUAGCUUCAUUUUCCAUUUUUUAUUUUGAUUCUGAUUCAACUCAGUAGGAGUUUUCAUUUUUUAUGCUUUCCUUCUUCCUUUCUAUCUCAACAAAUCUCUCUCUCUCACUCCUGUCUUUUCUUUUUAAUAUCUUUUGUUUCUUCUCCCCAUUGGCAGCAAAGCUGGAGUUGGACUCUGUUACCACAAGAAAGCUGGAGGAAAUCACAUUUGCUUCCACCUGUUAUUGUUGUUGGGUUUUCAAUUUAAUAUAGAUACACUUGUUGU